CAUUAAUAUAAUCCAUCAUUUUCCAACUCAUAAACCCUACAAGGCAGGCCCACAACCCCUUGAUAUUAACUCUAAAAGUCUCUCUCAUUUCGCCCUCUAAUGCGCUGAGCUCCACUGCCGGCGGAGUGGUGCCUUCCUCUCAGAUGGGCUCGUGCAUGUCGUCCCGGUCUACGGCGAGAUCGACGGCGGCGGGGGGGAACCCUGACGGCCGACCGCAGUGCCUCCUUCUCUUUGUUCCGGUCUCAGAUCAGCGUCAAGAGCUGGAAGGAGGCGACGAGGCUGAGGAAGGAGAAGGUGAAGAAGGGCAGAUGUGGUGGUGAGGGAGGGGUGUUUGAUCGGCGGGCAGCUGGCGCCGGCGGUGGGGAGCUGGCGGAGGACGAGCUCCACGGCGUGCCCGGCCGGAUGUUCCUGAACGGGACCAGCGAGGUGGCUUGUCUGUAUACUCAGCAAGGAAAGAAGGGUACUAACCAGGACGCAAUGGUCGUGUGGGAGAAUUUCUCUUCGAGAAGUGACACCAUCUUCUGCGGAGUAUUUGAUGGUCAUGGGCCAUUUGGUCAUAUGGUUGCCAGGAAAGUCAGAGAUUCUCUUCCUCUUAAGUUGUGCACUGAAUGGAGAGCUAAUGUUAGUGGGCAUGAUAGCCCUCAUCAAAAUGGUAGCUUGUCUGGGAGUAUGAAUUCUGAAGAAACAACAUCCAUUAGCAUUGAUGAUGACUGGGGAGAGUCCAUUGAUGAGGAUGAAAAGCUACCUGAGAAUUAUAUUCCGCUUAAACAGUCUUUCUUGAAGGCUUUCAAGUUGAUGGAUAAGGAAUUAAAACUUCAUCCAGUAAUUGAUUGUUUCUGCAGUGGAACUACAGCUGUUACUCUGGUAAAACAGGGACAGGAUCUUAUAAUUGGAAAUGUUGGCGACUCUAGAGCAAUAAUGGGCACACGCGAUAAAGACAAUAAUUUGGUUGCUGUACAAUUGACUGUCGACUUGAAGCCUAAUCUUCCUAGGGAAGCUGCCAGAAUCCAGCAAUGCAGAGGGAGAGUUUUUGCUUUGCAGGAUGAACCAGAAGUUGCACGCGUAUGGUUGCCAAACAAUGACUCACCUGGCCUGGCUAUGGCCAGAGCUUUUGGAGACUUUUGCCUGAAGGAUUAUGGAUUAAUUUCUGUUCCAGAUAUCUCCUAUCAUCAUCUCACUGAGAAAGAUGAGUUUAUUGUUCUUGCCACUGAUGGGGUUUGGGAUGUUCUCUCCAACAAGGAGGUUGUUGAUAUAGUGGCAUCAGCACCAACUCAUGCAACUGCAGCUAGAGCUCUCGUUGAUUGUGCGGUUCGAGCUUGGCGACUUAAAUUCCCCACAUCGAAAAUUGAUGACUGUGCUGUUGUUUGUCUAUUUUUGGAGCCAACAUCCCCAUCUGAUCCAUCUCAGGAGAGUGACCCCAGGGAGAUGCCUGCAGAGCAAGCAGAGAUAAAGGUCCUGGGCUCAAAAGAAGAAGACAAGGAAGAAGGGCAUGGAUCUGUUGAAGCUCAUACGCCUGUUUCUACGUUAGAACAUUCGUAUACAUUUUGCAAUGCUGAUGAGAUUGUACCAAUAUCUGAGGAACAUAAGGUAGAAAAAGUGCCAGAAAUAUGUCAAUCCGCAAGAAGCCUUGCUGAUUGCAUAUCCACAGCAGAGGAGGAGGAAUGGUCUGCCCUCGAAGGUAUUACCAGGGUAAACUCCCUUCUAAAUCUUCCCAGAAUCUUGUCUGGUGAUAAAAGGUCCACCAGUUGGAGAAAAUGGUUGUAAGAGGUGACAAGCAUCUCCUACAAGGAAUUGAGAAAUCCAAAUUGGUCAUUCUUUGCAGCAACAAAUACUACAAACCAUUGAUCAAGGAGAAAAGCCUCUAGAAAUUUGGAGCUGAAAUUAUAAAAGAAUUCUAUCACAUGAUAUUCAGCUCCACCAGCCUUCAUGGAAGCCAAUGGCUCAGUUUUGUUUACGCUUUCAUGGAAAGUAGCAGGAUUUGUUUUAUUGUUUGUUUGAUGUCAAGUUUAUGUUAAGUUCUUAGUGUAGCAUGCCGAAACCUGUGUUCUGUUAUUUUAUUGUGCUGUUGUUGGAGGGUCGCACUUCACAGGUUUCUUUACUCCUGUAAAUUUUUAUCUUUUUUGGAAGAAGCCUGUGAAUUAUGUCUCGCCUCCUGCCUGGAUGAAACACAUCUAUCUUUUAAUAUAGACAUUUUUUUAUUGUAUGUUUAA